UCAAUGUCAAUUUUUGAAUGAGAUUAGGACCACCAGCUGCAAUUUUAAACGGGUUCCCAGCUAAUAUAUAUUACUUUGACUGCCGAAUGAGCAAUCAGUAAAGUUUCUUCCUGAAGACACUAAAGUCACCGGUAAACAAAUUGUUGCUCGCAUACUUUGAGACGACUAUUUUCUGAAACGGUUUCAUUAAGUUCUCGAAGUUUUUCUUUUUUAAUAAUUAUUUCUCAAGACAAUGAAGGUCGCAAUUAUAGGAGCAGGACCGGGAGGUUUAGUAUCUGCGAAAUACUGUGUUGCAGAGGGGUAUUCAGUGGACAUUUUUGAACAAAACGGUAGUAUAGGAGGUGUCUGGGUUUACAGCGAUUAUGUGGAUUUUGAUGAAGAUGGAUUCCCACUACAAGCAGCGAUGUACAAAGGACUUAGGACCAACGUGCCAAAAGAACUUAUGGAAUACUCAGAUUUUCCAUACCCUAAAGAAAUCCAGGCAUCUUAUUUACCCGCAGAAGAAGUGCUACGUUACUUUAACAAUUAUGCAGACAAACAUAAACUUCGUUCACUUGUAAAAUUGCGUACAAGGGUUACAGAGGUUUCACCCUUGGAAGGAGAAAGAUGGUUUGUGAAAGCGUUGAAUUUAGAAGAUAACUCAGUAUUAUGCGGGACAUACGAUGCCAUAAUAAUUGCCAACGGGCAUCAUGCUGAAAAAAUAAUUCCAAAUAUUCCUGGAAAGGAAACGUUUACGGGAACGCAGUUGCAUAGCAAGGACUUCAGAAAGGCGAAAAUAUUCCAGGAUAAAAAAUGUUUGGUUGUUGGAAUGGGUCUUUCUGGGCAAGACGUUAGCAAACUGCUUUUAGCCGUCACAGAUAAGGUUUUUGCGAGUUACAAAAUGGACAAUAAGAUUGCUAAUUUGCCGCAAAAUCUCAUUGAAAAGCCAUGCGUUUCUAGGAUAGAAGGAAGUCAGGUUUUCUUUGAAGAUGGUACUGCCGAAGAGAUGGACGUUAUCAUUUAUUGCACAGGCUACAAGUAUUGUUUUCCGUUUUUGACGAACGACUGUGGAAUUGUUGUGGACAGCAGCAAAUGGGUUCGACCAUUGUAUAAAGAAAUUGUCAAUAUAGAACAUCCCACAAUGUGCUUCAUUGGACUCCAGUUUAAUCUUCCAGUAAUUGCGAUGUUCGACUUGCAGGCUCGCUUCUUCGUUUCCACGUUGAACGGUCAUUUUCCUCUUCCGUCGAAGUCGGCGAUGUACGAAGAUUACGAAAAACAAAUAGCAAACAAACGAAAACUUGGUAUUCCGUUGAAACACACGCAUGGGAUGAUGCUUAAAGAAUUACGGAAAGGAUACUACGAAGAUGUUGCUACAACUGCUAAUAUAGCCAGAAUACCGCCGGUUAUUAUAAACAUGUUCGAAAAAAUCCUCGAAGAUAGAAAUAAAGGCGAAUAUAGGCACAUUGUCUACAAAAUAGUCAGUGACAGCAAAUUUAGAAUGGUCCUGAACGGAGAGAAAGAUUUCAAACCGAUUGUCAACGACAAUAAAUUGAGCAAUUCGAAUAUCAUCAAUGGACGUCAUCUAUAAAGGUUUAAGGUUCUGUUAUUGUUUUAUUUCAUUAUUAUUUUGUUCAGUAACUUAUGCAGAAAUCCAUCAUCUGCAGCAAUUGUUUGUUAAUAAGCCCCGAGGGCCAAGACCGAGCCAGCUCAUCGUACCAACAUGAAUAUGUACUCGUUUUAAAUUACUCGAAAAAUUGCAUAUUGGUGUUAGUAGCCCAUUGAGAUUUUAAUGGCGCUAAGUCUUUUCGGUAAAAAAUAAUUUUGUUUAAACUCCAACUGAACUAAAAAUGUUUCUAAAAAGAUUCAGUCAGCAAAUUGAGACCCCAUUUUUGAUAAUUUUCGCAGUGGAAGCUUCUGGUACUAUAAACAUUAAUUCAGAGUCUUGUUUUCUAAAAUUCUGUUUGAAAUCGUUCGUUGAUGGUGAUUACGGGCCGGUUUUGACCUAGGACUGCAGUGUAAAAGAGUCUAUUUACUAAAAAAAUUGUUAUUUUUUAAAUUAUUUAAAUACCUAAACUUUAUUAUUAUUUAUUUAGAAAGA